UUAUUAGGAAUUGCAUUUUAUCGCACGUUGACACCACGUGACCAGUAGUAUGUUCUCGUAUUCGCAGUCUCCCACCACUAAGAAGCUACUUGGGUGGAAGCAGGGGGAUGAGGAGGAGAAAUGGGCCAGCAAAGCUGUGGAAGCACUGGAGAAGAAGUUGAAGAAGAAGAAAGGAAUGUUGGAGGAGCUGGAACGUGCUCUGUCAUGUCCUAAUAUCAGGACUGAGUGUGUCACAAUCCCUAGGAGCUUGGAUGGUAGGCUUCAGGUGUCCCACAGGAAGGGGCUCCCCCACGUUAUUUACUGCAGAGUAUGGAGAUGGCCCGAUCUUCAGACUCACCACGAGCUCAAAUCAGUGGACUACUGCAAGUUUGGAUUUGCUGAAAAGAACAAAGAAGUGUGUAUCAACCCUUAUCAUUAUAUCCGCGUGGAUACUCCUAUAUUACCACCUGUGCUGGUUCCAAGGUACCCAAACAGUCAGGGUCUAAACGACCGUCUGAACCAGUGGCAGCCCACCCCCGACCCCCCUAUCCCUUACAACCAGACCCUGUCUCCCAACACGGACUUUAACCUCCAGCUUCCUUCUCCCCUCAACUCUCCUAUAGCUGUGUGUCCGGGCAGUAGUGAUCAUGUCUCGAUCCCGUUCCGAGAGCCAGCUCACUGGGCUAAAGUAACGUACUACGAGCUAAACACUAGAGUUGGGGAGCCCUUCACCGCCUUGUCUCAACAUAGCCAGAUUAUCAUAGACGGCUUCACUGACCCAGGUAUGAACAAAGACCGGUAUUGUAUUGGGCUCCUGAGUAAUGUUGCCCGGAACCCGAUGAUUGAGGCAACCAGAAAGCACAUUAACCGUGGUGUAAAACUCACUAAAGUCAACGGAGAGGUACACGCUGAGUGUUUGAGUGACAGUGCGAUAUUUGUACAGUCAAGGAACUGCAACAGGGAGCGAGGUUUCCAUCCUUCUACUGUUUGUAAACUUCCGCCAGGAUACAAACUCAGGAUAUUCAACUACAGCGACUUCUACCGUCUCCUGCAAGAAAACGUCCACAAGGGUUUUGAAGCUGUCUACGAUCUUACCAAACACUGCUCUAUAAGACUGAGUUUUGUCAAGGGUUGGGGCGCUGAAUACCACAGACAG